GUAGGACGAGGCCAGGCGCGCAGGUGACGGACGCUGGGGUGGUGGAGCGCAGCCGGCUUACAGUCAGACUGGCUAGCCGGUCUGGGGCGCCUGGGCCGCGAAGGGGAGGAUCCGGGUUGCUUGUGUCCCGCCCGACAAGUUGCCCCUCUCCAACUCUCUCCAGUUCUACCAUGGCCCCCCAAGCCCGGGGACCCGGAACCCGGCUUGCUUGGUAAAAGACGCCGCUGGCUCGCCCCGCCGCCCCCGGGCUCGGACCUUGGGUAGUUCAGGCCGCUCCUCUGUGGCUGGAGACCCGCCGGGCCGCCGCUGGGAGAAGCAGGCCCAAAGCUGGUAGGGCCUCGGGCCCGGGGACCCGAGGAGGAUGAGCUGGCUCUUUCCCCUGACCAAGAGCGCCUCCUCCUCCGCAGCAGGGUCCCCCGCUGGUGGCCUCACCAGCCUCCAACAGCAGAAGCAGCGCUUGAUCGAGUCCCUCCGGAACUCCCACUCCAGUAUAGCUGAAAUACAGAAAGAUGUGGAAUACAGAUUGCCCUUCACUGUAAACAACUUGACAAUUAACAUUAAUAUACUACUUCCUCCACAGUUUCCUCAGGAAAAACCAGUGAUCAGUGUUUAUCCACCAAUCCGACAUCAUUUAAUGGAUAAACAAGGGAUAUAUGUUACUUCUCCAUUAGUAAGCAAUUUUACAAUGCACUCAGAUCUUGGAAAAAUUAUCCAGAGUCUGUUGGAUGAGUUUUGGAAGAAUCCUCCUGUUUUAGCUCCCGCUUCAACAGCAUUUCCAUACUUGUAUAGUAACCCAGGUGGGCUGCCUCCUUAUGCUUCUCAGGGUUUUCCGUUUCUUCCUGCAUAUCCUCCUCAAGAAGCUAACAGGAACAUCACUUCUUUGUCUGUUGCUGACACUGUUUCUUCUUCAACAACAAGUUAUACAACAGCCAAGCCUGCUGCUCCUACAUUUGCUGUCCUUUCAAGUCUGCCAUUGCCUGUUCCCACAAUGGAAACUUCAACACCGAUAAGCCAAAACGGUUUUGGGUACAAGAUGCCAGAUGUCCCUGAUGCGUUUCCAGAACUCUCAGAAUUAAGUGUGUCACAACUGACAGAUAUGAAUGAACAAGAAGAAGUAUUACUAGAACAGUUUCUCAGUUUACCUCAACUAAAACAAAUUAUUAAUGACAAGGAUGACUUAGUAAAAAGUAUUGAGGAAUUAGCAAGAAAAAAUCUCCUCUUGGAGCCCAGUUUGGAAGCCAAAAGGCAAACUGUUUUAGAUAAGUAUGAGUUACUUACACAAAUGAAAUCUACAUUUGAAAAGAAGAUGCAGAGACAACAUGAACUGAGUGAGAGUUGUAGUGCAAGUGCCCUACAGGCAAGAUUGAAAGUCGCUGCACAUGAAGCUGAGGAAGAAUCUGAUAACAUUGCUGAAGAUUUCUUGGAGGGAAAAACUGAAAUAGAUGAUUUUCUCAGUAGCUUCAUGGAAAAAAGAACAAUUUGCCACUGUAGAAGAGCCAAGGAAGAGAAACUUCAACAAGUGAUAGCAAUGCACAGCCAAUUUCAUGCUCCAUUAUAGAUUUUCCUGAAAACAUGGACUGCCAAGAGAGAAAUGGGACAUAAAACUAAGUACAUUAUUUUAGAUUUAAGAUUUGUAAGUUGGCAUUUCAUUGCAAUGGCUGAAUUCAGAUGUACUCUACAUUGUUUAAAGAACUGAGAUUGAUUUUAUAUAGAUUAGAAUGAUUAUGAUCUUUGCUUUGAAAAUUUUUCUGCAGUAUUUGCACUAAAAAUGCCUAUUUAUCAUUGAUAAAUCCUGUCCUAUUUAAAUUUCACUGCUAUUCUUAUAAUUAAAUACCUUAUGCAUGUAAUUUUAGUUUUAAUAUUUUAUAAAAACUACUUAAACUUGUAGUUUUAAUUUGAAACUGCCUCAUUUCUUUAUCAAGAAUGAUAUCUUAUUUAGAUUUUUUUCCUCUCAGUAGUUUUUUUUUUUUUAAGUACUUUGAGCUACAGAAAGACACCCACAUCCUCCCUUUUUCCUUCUUUUUGGAUAAAACUUUCAAAGGCAAUUUGUUUUUAAAUAUUCAUAAUAUCAGAAAAUAUCAAACGUGCCAAUGUGCCAUCUCAAAGUACCUUUUAAUAUACCUAUAAUAAAUAAAAAAAAAAAUAAACCAGCUUCUCUUUAUGUUUUAUAUUGUUUUUAAAACUAGAGAUGCAUUUAAGAAGCAAUACAAGUAAAUAUUUUACUUAGUUAAAAAACCUGUCUUUGACUUAUACCAGUCUAACACCAACUGUUGAUGCUAUUUUAAGGAGUAUGUAUCUGAUGGGUUAUGGUUAGAUAAGGAUAUGCUUUCUAAAUUCCUAUGUCAAAAACAAUUUUUUUGUUAAUAAACACUAACUCUAGACAAAA